AUGCCAAAAGCCUCUGCUUCCACGUCACGGGACGGCCGCCGCCACAACCCUCUCGAGGCCGACAUUCUCGGUGGCAGCGGGAUCCUGCGAUCAGGCAAGCCGGGGAAGAAAUCCAAGUCGAAAUCCGAGAAGGAAGAAGAGCACUACGUCAACUCGAAACAGUCUGCAGCCAUCCUGCAGCUCGGCCGAGAGCUCGCAGACGAGGACGAGGAGGGCAAGGCCGUCGCAGAACCACAGAAGAGCGCGUUCGACAUCGACUCGAGGUUUGCGCCAGGCGAGCAAGAGCAGACCGGCCGUGCGGACGACGAUGACGAAGACGGGGAGGCAUGGGGCGACGACGAGGAGGACAUCGAACUUGAUGAGGCCGACAUAGCACCCGAGGAUUUGGCGACAUUCAACAAGUUUUGGUCUGCCGACGAGGAGGAGGACCCGUUAUUGAAGCAUGGCUUCUGGGACAGAAGACCUGAUGACAGUGAAGGGCAACAACAACAACAAGGUGGAACCAACUUGGCCGACCUGAUUAUGGAGAGAAUCCAACAGUUUGAGUCAAGUGGAGGGCAACGGCAAGAAAUGGGCGGAAUGGAUGAGUUCCCCGAGGAGGAUCUGCCUCCAAAGGUCAUCGAGGUCUAUGCGAAGUGCGGAAUGAUCCUGAGCAGAUGGAAGAGCGGACCCCUGCCGAAGCCCAUCAAGAUCCUGCCGACAGUACCUGACUGGGAGAGAAUCAUCGAAGUCGCACAGCCCGACAACUGGACGCCCAAUGCCAUUUUCGCCGUCACCAGAAUCUUCACAUCCUCAAAACCUGCGGUAGUCCAGCGAUGGCUCGAGAUGGUUGUGUUGCCUCGGGUCCGGGAUGACAUCUACGAGAACAAGAAGCUCAACGUGCACCUCUACAACUCUCUCAAGAAGAGCUUGUACAAGCCUUCUGCCUUCUUCAAGGGCGUCUUGUUCGCACUUAUCGAGUCUGGCACGUGCACGCUGCGUGAGGCCCACAUCGUCUCCUCCGUCAUGGCGCGGGUCUCGAUACCUGUCCUGCACUCUGCAGCCGGGCUGAAGGGUCUCUGCGACCUGGCUGCCCAGCAGGCCUCCAAUGGCGAAUCCGCAGCUAGCACAAACGUGUUUAUCAAGACGCUGCUCGACAAGGGCUUGGCACUGCCCUACCAGGUUAUUGAUGCUUUGGUGUUCUUCUUCCUGCGCUUCCGGUCCGUCGAUCCCGCCGCUGUCAAGGAAGCGGAGGCCAUGGACCGGCCGUCGUGGGACAAGAUCGGACGACAAUUGCCAGUGCUAUGGCACCAGUGCCUGCUGAGCUUCGCGCAGAGAUAUCGAAACGACAUCAACGAGGACCAGCGAGAGGCCUUGCUAGACUUGUUGCUCACACACGGCCAUUCGGCCAUUGGACCCGAGAUAAGGCGGGAAUUGAUUGCAGGUCGUGGUAGAGGUGUGCCUGUUGAGCCACAGGGGCAAGCUUUCGACGGUGAUGAUACGAUGCAGGUAGAUUGA